AUGCCUAUACCGUUUUACCAGCUGACGCAGCCGCCGCCGCAAUAUCCUCACGAUACACCAACCUCUGCCGGUCAAGCUAUAGAUGAAGCAAUUCUUCCGCAAAGCGACAACUUGAUAGCCCAGCAAGUCAGCCCAGAGUACGAAUACGAUGGCCGCUACGAUGACAAUGAUACGAGUGUUGCUGCUUGGGACCCUGCUGUCCCGCAAGAGCGGCACACGAACUGUCAAGCCGAUGCAGCAUUCCAGCAGGCGGGCAUGGUGCUGGGCGACCGCUAUGAAUUUGCUGUCCGUGGACUGCUUGCAUUAGGUACAGGAAAUGGGGCGAGCUUGAUGGCUCCUUCGAACAUCCCCAACUCGUCGAAUCUCAAUCACACCACGCGGCGGCUCUCUUUGCCCGUACUGGGAGAUGGAACAGCUUCACCAGAAGUUUUAGAACAUCAACACCAGAAAAAUAACGCGGACGCGCGCCGUGAGCCUAGCAUGAGUCUAAGCGGCAUAAGAGCAAGCAGCACAGAAGCAAGCAAUAUAUCACAAGAACGAAUGCUUGAACUCAUGAGACAUUAUAGAUACGAAGUAGCUCCAUGGCUGGAUAUAUGUGACUUGGGACAAUUGUUCGGAGUUACGGUGCCUCGGUUGGCGAUGGACUGUGAAACCGUCCGUUGGGCGGUGCUAGCACUCUCAGCAGCCUCCGCGAACCACCUCAGCUCGUUCGGAUCGCAGCCCGGUUCGGAGAGUAGGGACUACAUCUGCCUCUCGGAAGCGCAUCAAAGCCGCGACUCCGGGAUAGAGGCUUUCACGGGAUCUCUGGCUGUGAUGCUACGGAGGGUUUGUUACUUCAUCUCCGACAUCCCGAAGGCGUGGGCACAGGAUCUGGAUCUGGAUUAUCGCGCGAAGUUUGCGGACGCGCUUUCAUUGCAGGCUGCUGGCACUGACCUGGUAGUAGCAGUUCGCUGGCUAUCCUUGAGAAUAGGUAAGCAAGCCGAGCAUAGUCAGACCGGCCGGAGUUCCAUGCCCGAGCCACACUGGGAUAGAGAUGGGCUAAACCCGUUCAUAGAGCUCAGUGCUGCGCUUCACACCGGAGCACCGGUGCAUAUUCCAUUUCCAAUAUCCAGCAACGCAACACUAGCCCGUUGCUCGGCUGACAUGUUUGGAGAGAUGUUCCACUAUGCCCACGGCCCGCUUCUUCUCUGCGCUAGAACCGUUAACUUCUGUAGCAGGGAUGUCGAAGCGUCCGUUUCCGCUGACUCGCAAUCGCGGCGAAAUCCACUAAAGAGCUGGAAAGCGUUAUUCGAGGAACUCGAUGUAUGGUACAGCAGUCGACCGGAAGAGUUCCAGGCCAUGGUCGAGCUACAAUCCUGGCAAGGGACUGACGCUCAUGAAAACGCCUUCCCGGUGAUAUUGUUCACCAACGGAGCGGCGAUCUUUGCGAAUCAGCUUUACCACACGGCCAUGCUUCUGCUUCUGCAGAACAAGCCGCGAACACUGGGACUGACGUACCGUCAUUCGUCGAUCGUGUCCCCACUUUGGCAUGCUCAACGCAUAUGCAACAUCGCUCUGCACAAUGACCGUCGUGAGUCCUGGGAUCUCUGCCUGAUCUCAUCUUUGCUAGUCGCUGCGAGGUGUAUGACCCAUGAAUCUCAACAACUCGCCAUCCUGCAGGGUUUCGAGCGUAUCAAAGCUCUUACGGGAUGGAAUAUCAAUGACUGCCUGAGUACUCUGCGUGAAGAGUGGCAUCUUGCGGAGGCAAACUGA